AUGCGUACAGAGUUGCCGGCUAGUUCAGCUCCAUUCUGUUCAGCGCAUCAAAUUAAUCAGUGUAUGACUAAUAAUAUUGAAGAAAUAAACAAUAGUUCCUGCUAUUGUCCAACAGCAUGCUUGUGGACUUCGUAUGAUCCAGCGGUGAGCUAUUCCAUGACACCAACUGAAACGAUAACAUCAGAAGAAGCACCACUUUUUGGCUUGAACCUGGAUGAAGUAGAUGCUAAUAGAGUACUAAAUUCAUCCAUUUCCAGAUACAUGAGAAAGAAUUAUAUAUUCCUUGAUAUAUUCUUCGAGAGAUUGAGAUACAACACAGCAAUACAGGAAUUGGGCUACACCUUUAACGCUUUCUUAAGUGACAUUGGCGGUCAAUUAGGUCUUUUCAUCGGAGCCAGUGUAUUAACCAUGCUUGAAAUUGGUGAAUACUUCUUGACUAAGCUUAAGAAUCUAUGUAAAAUAAUUAAGCGUCCAACAAGCCAAAACGAGUAUGAAAUUGCACCGGCUUCUCCAAAUACAACAUUCGAAGAAAAUCCAAUUCCAGUGUGA